AUGGCCACUGCAACAGCUGCCCAACCGGCCCCUUCACGCGCCCCGACUCCCCGCUCCAUACCACCGCGCUCUUCUUCUAGUCUCCCGUCCGAGUCCGGAGCUCCGGGGACUUCUAAGUCGCGGACACAACAGGCCCAAGCUCCCGCCCAACCGCAGCAGUCGCAGGCGCAGUCGCAAUCGCAACCGCAGCCACAAUCACAGGUCCACGGACCCCUCUCGGACAAGGCGACGGCGUUCCUGAUCCGUCGCAUCCUCUGUCCCCAACACGCCGACAAGGGCAGGCACACGCCAGCGCCCAUCGAGGAGUUGCUCCCGCCACUGACGAGCCGGAACGAUGUGGACCUGCAACUGUACGCUCUCAUCGCCAUCAUCCUGCGCGAAUUCGUCCAGAAUUGGUACGCCAAGAUCACACCCGACGAGACUUUUGUUGCCGAAAUCGUCCAGAUCGUGGCCCAUCUUACUCGUGCUCUGGAGCAGCGACUGAGGAAGGUGGACUUGGAGUGCCUGCUAUUUGACGAGCUGCCCGAUCUCCUCGACAAGCAUGUCACUGCCUACCGAGUGGCCCACGAUCCCAUCACGCAGCCGCCCGUUAGAACAGACCCGCGCGAGAUCUAUCACUCGCUAUGCCCGCUCCCCGCCCUUUCCCCCGUUCCCCGGCCGGGGGACCCUGAAAGCAUCGCCCUGCAGGCCGCGAACGAGGCUGCCUAUCGCCAACUGCUUGUCCAUGGCUUCCUUGCCAUUAUGCUCCCCACCGAGGACGUUGAAAACGGCUGUUUGACGGCCCUGGUUGGUCAGAUCCUUUCGGAGCUAAUUAUCGGCAAUACGGUUGCCAACAGACUAUCGGAGCCAUGGCUCAUCUGGGAACUCCUCAUCAUCGCGUCCAGGGCGGUCGGCCAGAAGAACACGACUAAGAAUACCGGCCGCUUGGGGAAAUCGAGCACCGGAUCUUCAAACGCCAGAUGGAGGUUCUCCGUGUACGGCCUAUUCUGGACGAGCCUGCAGUGGUGCUUCCUCAUUGUCUCGUUCGUGAGGGCGGCUUUUGCGGUCGUGCUGACAAUAGGCUCUCUUCCUCCCCGGUCCGGCCGCGCCACAAGCCCAAAGCAGGACAAAAUAUCCCGAGACGGAAUCAACCAGGGGCCCAUCAUGCCCACCACCGGUUUCGCCGAUACGGAUCUACCGCAACCACCAGCAACACCCGUGCUCGCAUUUCGAUUAUGGUCAGCCAUCUCGAAUCUCGCCGAAAUGGACGUCCGUAUGCCCUGGUUGUGCGGCGCGUCCUCGAUGUUACAAUGGAUCGCCGUCCGGGGGCCGGGGCGAAUCGCCGAUGUGAACGGCGUCCUCGAUAGGCUCCUAUCAAACGGCAUUCAGCGGCAUGUCUUUGACGCGGCUAACCUACCCCCACUCCUUCGCACGGUGCGAGGGUCCUUGUUUCCCAACAAUAUGCCUGCCGGCAAGCCGACACUGGUCGCUCCCUCUUCCGAUGCUGAACUGCUCGCCGUCAGGCGCAAGUGCGCUAGCGCUCUUUGGGCGCUUGUUCCGAAGGGGGUGGGAAGGCUCUAUUUUGGCGGUGGCCUGCUGCGAGCUAAUUCCGUUUCGAGCCUGAGUCGGAGGCCCUUCGCAACGCAUCGUGGUGGUGAUGAGAAAGGUCAAGGCCACGGUCAUCAAAGCCAGGGUCCAUUCCAUCAUCAAUCUGGCGGCUACGCUGCCCGGAAUGAUGACGAUGCCACGCCCGCCGCCGCCGCAGAAAACAUGGCUAUAGACCGGGAUCGGGGCCGGGGCCAGGACCGGGACCGGGAUCAUCAGGACAAGGACGGGAAGCGCGCGGACAAUAAUAACAACAGUGGCCAAGACGAAAUGGUCGGCGAAUACUCCGACGAGGGAGGAGAUGACAUGGGCGAUGGCGAGGGCGAUAGCGCGGGCCAGGACGAAGCGAUCCUGAUGGAGAUUGAGCGGGGCAUAUUGGACGUCUUUUCCGACGCCUACUGCAACAAACAUCUCGUAUACGGUGCGCUGGAGCUGAUCUUGGUCAGGCUGCUGCCGGAGUUGACGGAGAAAGGCGCGCUCGAGCUCUGGGCUGAGCGGUUUUCCGAGUGA